AUGUCUGAACCGCCUCAAUCUACCCCUUCAUCACCAAUAGGUGAACUAGAAGCUCAGUUUAACAGGGAAUGUCUACCGUAUGGUUAUUUCCCACGGGAUACGUCAGCCCGUGCGUAUGUGCAAUUCCAUGUUGCCGAAGCGCGGCGCGACCCGUGGAUCAAACCGACCGAUGCGAAAUGGAGAUCGGUCCACGACAAAUUUGUCCGACUGCUGAAUUCCAAGAACAAGACGAUUCGGGAUAUCCUGAUGAAGAACUUCACCUAUCACGAAGCAGCCCUGUUUAUGCCAUCGGAUCGCCCUGAAAUCAAGGAGUUGCAGGACAGACACACCGCCCGGUACAACUUGCUCCGCCAGGGACGGUUCAAAGAUAUUGUGCCGUCCCUCAGCGUCAAGUUAACCAUGUUGUACUUUGGAGUCUCCGUGGAGCCCAUGCAAUCUCCUCUCGACGAAGCCGCCAUGGCCAUCGACGAGCGGGAGCCUGACGGUCCUCAAAUUGCGGUCGCGCCGCCGCUGCAUUUCCUGACGGCACACAAGCAUCGCAACUGGGGAGAUGAUGCGAAACGAAUGAGAGAAGAUCCAAUCCAGCCCAUCCCCGCUCCGGAUGAGCCUAGACCUGUAUUGACGCUGAGAGGAGGCGAGGCGGAUCCGGAGCCUGAGCCUCCAGUCGAGACUGUCGACUACAUGCCCGAGGGCGAAGAAGCCUUGAACUCCUCCGACAACUGGGUCUACCUCUAUGGCCUCCUCGGCUGCAUCCCAUUUGCUCCGACCAAGUGGCGAUCGUUCUCAACCGCCGUUCGGCAGCUGUUGUCCCUUCGCUUCAGCGAUGAUCGGCCACGCUACUUCAUCUUUACCCAGUUUGAUAAGGAGACUAGCCAGAUGCUCAACCACGUCAAAGAACCCUUGCCUCUCACCAAAGACAGCGCAGUGAUGAAGUUCAUACAGAAACAUUGCGCUGCUCCCACACACACUCGAGAUUGCUGCGCCUUCUUCGUCAAGGAAGCCACCGACGAGCGUCGAGAUCUCUCCUGGGAGCCUCAGCCCGAACAGUUCCAGGCAGACCUCGUAAAGAUCGGAUACCCCGUCUUCCCAAAAGAGCAAGAACUCAAAUUACACGGCAUUUUUCCUUACACUGAAGAGGCCGACCCGGAGGCAAAGAUGGUCCGCUAUGCGUACCUAGCGUUCCCCAAGACCAAGGGGGAGGAGGAUUUCGCCAUCAACAACUUCAACGCGAACCAAUUCAACCAACAUUUCCAGACCGCCGUCGAAGUAUUGGUUGGGCGGCCCGAGGGAUCCUUUCUCCGCGGCAUCUAUUGGUUGCGAGACGACAAAAAUGGCCCUUUUGUUUCAGAUCCGGAGCCUCAAGAUAUGAUUUAUGGUGCAAUGGGCCUAAAGUUCUCUGUGUGGGAAAGGCUUCACCCUCUGAAAAACCCUCGAGGCCGGUGGACACUGAGGGUAACCCCUUUGGAAGAAGACGAGAUCGCCCUCGUUGCGCCAAACGCCCAUCCCAAAUCCUGUCAUAUUUUAACUCGUGAACCCCUGGGAAAAUCGCCAUUCCCUAAGGCCGUUUCUACGAUCAAGUCACUGGCGAGUGACUACAAAGAUGACGGAAAUACUGCUGCAAAGCAAAUUCGGCUCCUCCCUGGCGCCACCGCUCUUGGCGAGGUCAUUGAUCGAGAUCAGGAAGGCUUGAUUUACCCCUGUGCCCCUGGAGCGGGCGAAGCUGCUGAGGUCGGCAAGUUUCUCCAGAAACUUAUCGACGACAAGGCAGAGCCAUUCGUCUUGGUUCAUCCGAUUUGGGAGCCUGGAGAGUUGCAAUUCGUUCCCAGCUGGGUUGAGAAGCCGACACCCGGCCAGCUUGUGAAUAUACCUGACCUGGGUUCCUCCUUGUGGGAUUUCAUCGACUCCAUCCAUUUGCUGGCCCGAGUUGGGGGUCAACCGGAUGUCUACGGUCCAGACGUCGACUGUGUCGUUCUCAAAUCACGGAAUUGCAAGGAUAAGAGGAGUGAUGUCGAAUUCCCGUCCUUCGUCAUCACACCCAAGAGCAAAGACGACGAUUGGUAUCGAAUCCGCGCGCAGAUCAGAGUCCGUGAAGUACUGGUGACAAUCAAGGGCAAAAUCGACACUGAUUGGAAAUCGUCCAUUGCCAAGAGCAACAUCUGGGGUCCGAGGAUCUUUACAGGAAUACGACACUGGGAUCCUAUGGAAGAAUGGGAACUAGAACGAGGAUUUUUUCGAGCCCAACGUGAGGAGCCCGGAAAACUCUCAGAGGUAAUCCCUCAAACCAGAGGUCCAGGACACGGCUACAGAUUCGACGGAGGUGGCACUGGCUCGACACAUCCAGAGCUCGAGGAACCUGUAGAAAUCGAAGGUGGUUUCAAGCCCGACCGGCCGCGAAGUCCUCACCCCGUGGAUUCAGAAGAGCGCUUAGAGACUUGGUCUGAGCAGCCGAGCAUCCAUGACCGCCCGGAUGCGCAUGCUUGGCUCGGCCUAGGAGGCUAUCCCCCUCUACCCAAGAUCCCCAUCAACGCGCCCCCGGUCGAGGCCAUUCUGCGUACCACAAGCUCCGUCCCGAUGGUCUCCAAGGCCGUCUUGACGGUGACGGAGCAGCAAAAGCUCCAGAAAAACUUCUGGGCCUUGCGCAACUUCAUCUUGGGGCGCUCGGUCAAGUGCCAAUACAAGAACUGCGAGUUUUCGUAUCGAGUUGAUAGACCAGCCGACAUAGAAGACCACCUCAUGAAAGAGCAUCGGGCGGACAAGUGUAUGUGGUGCGACGAGCCGCUCUGGGAGUUCUGGGACCACGAGCAGAAGCUGCAUCAUCUUCAAACGGAGCAUCGGGCUAUCAUGGCCGAGGCAGCCAAAGCCCCUGCAACUAAGACCGCAGCCGCACCUACAGCUGCAACUCGCCCCGGCAGACCUGGAGUGGGAUCUCAGGCUGAAGGUUCCGUUCAGGCACGUUUGUCGGGGCUCGCAAGUCGAUGGGUGGCCGCCAAACAAGCCCAGAAACAGCCCGCUGGCCAGCCAGGCCGCCCCAAGGGUCCUCCUCGUCAGUUGGUCUAUCCCUUUGUCAAUUGGUACGACUUUCCGGGGCCGGUUGUAUGCCGAGACCCUCCCGAAAUGUGCCGCGUUGAACACUGUCCAAGGCCGGACGUUCGUCAGCUUGAUGGAGAGGGCAUGUAUCAGCACUUUCAAGACUACCACAAAGACGAUGUGGAGACGCUUUGCCCCUUCUGCAUGCUCCGUUUCUUUGAACGAAAGGUCGAUGAAGACGGAGUCGGUACUUUAGCGAUUCGGCCGCGGGAGGACAUCAUCAAGCACUUUGAGUGUCAUAUCUAUCGCCUCUGGGAUAAGAUACGCGGUCCACGACAAAGUCAACCAUCAGAAACACAGUCGUCGACUUCAGUGGACCCAGCUGCAUCCACGAGUACGAAUCAAGAUGUUACACUCGUCAGAACAUGUCCAUUCUUCGAAGACUGCGGUGCCGUUGUGACGCUCAUGACGAAGGAGCAGCUCAAGGAACAUCUUCGAGCCAACCACAUGGAACAUGUCCACCCCCCUCGUCCAUCACGUUUUGGUCUUCCAGGAUCACUUGAUAGGGCACAAGAUAAUCCAGAAGAACAGACGGAGGAUGGUACGCCAGUUCGGUCUGUAAGGGCUGCGGCGAACCGAGGAACUAAGAGACCUCGCGAGUCACGCAGAAUCGCUGAGAGGAAGGAUUCACAGGAUAUUCCCACCACCGAUGCUUCGAGAGGAAGAACCCCGGCGAGAAAACCUGCCUCUAAACUUGGCACGGUGAAAGCCUCCAUUGAGCAGGAAGAGUCCGACGGUGAGAGAAGACGCGCGCCAUCUCCAGACUGGGACGCGAAGCUUGGCCCGGCGGACCCUGACUUCGAGCCCGAAGAAGGCCUGUACUGCUCCAGGUGUCUUCGCAAGGCACCUAAGAAGCGCGACAGAAGCCCAGGAAACCCUGAUAUGAGCACCGCCGAGGAAGUAGAAUACCACAUGGCAGGAGAUCGCAGCUGCAGAAUCCGCAGAGGACUGGGUGAUGUUGAGACCAUCCCGAACCGCAGCGGUUGGGUGUCGAUCAACCGGGGCCAGGGCGAUAUCAAGAAGAAGUUCUUAAAGAAGUACCCAGCAUAUGCCAAGACAAUCUAUCCGACAGCGGGCGAUAACAACGCCUCACUCUGGCGGUCCGACCCCAACAACGAAGACAACAAGGACGCGUGGAAUCUUCCCUGGCCACCAUUCAGAGGCCGGCCGCCGUUCCCCGAGGACGAGGAGUCCCCAGUUCAUGACGAGGCUGAAGGCGAGGUCCGGAGUAGGAAACGCCACAAGGGGUCUAAGAAGCCUCACGAUCCGGCGUACAAGUACGCCACUGACGAGGACGAUGACCUCGAGUCAGAUGGCGACGACAGCUCGGAGGUUCAGGACCCGAACUCCAAACCCGGCGAGAGCAGCGGCGCCCACAAAAAGAAGAGACGGGGGUCAAGGGGCCCUUUGGAUCCGUUGUACAAGUACCGCCGUGACGUGGACGUGGACGAUGACCUGAAGCCCGAUUUCGACGACACCGACGAGAUCCGAGAAAUGAGCGCCAGCCUCGAAGAGAGCGGCAACAAGGAAAUGGGCAAGGGGAAGCGGAAGCUCGCCGAAGCAGCCGCAACCGCAACUGCAACCGCAACGCCGUCCGCGUCUGGUCAAGGAGAGCAGACUCCCGAGGCUCCCCAGGUCGGACCACCGCCGAAGAAGGCCAAAGCGAGCGAAAUCGUCAAAGCAGCGGAGAAGAAGACACGGGGUAAGCAGCUCAAGGCUAAGCCAAGCGCUCCGCCGAGUCGUGCCUCCAGUAGACAACGAGCGAGAAGGGAGAGCAGUGUGGCGAGCUCUAGCAAGAAAUAG